AGCCUUUGUGGCUGAGACCGCCGUGGCCCUGGGCCUCCCGCGGCUGCCCCCCCGCUGGCUCGCAGCCCGCGCCGGCGGCGGCGUGGCCGUCGGCGGCAGCCCGCGCCCCUUCGGAGGAGAAGGACUUGUCACAGUCCUGGCUGGCAGCUCCCCGGUUUGGGAGCCCCCGAGCACCCCAUGGCGAGCCCGCGGCAGCAGCAGGGGCCCGCGCUGCAGAAGCAGGUGGAGUUCCUGGCGUCCUGGCUGAACUACGCGUGCGGCGGGCAGAGAGCCUGGGUGCCCGUGCCGGUGGACGCCUUCUUCGAGGCCCUGAGGGACGGCGUGGUCCUGUGCACGGUGGUGGGCGCGCUGGCGCCCCGCGCCGAGCUGCUGGGCCGCGUACGGCCCAAGGCCGCGGCGACUUGCAUAGCCACCCUGGACGCGGCCUUGUCCGUGGUGUGGCAGCUGAGCCCCUGCUCGCAGGACAUGUGCAGGGCGAGGGAUUUCUUCGACUGUCGGCGCCCCGCCGUGGUGCGAUGCCUGCUGGCGGUCUUCGAGGUGCUGCACAUCUCUUCCUUCUUCUACCUACGCGGCCGCGAGGUGAGGCUCCGGUCUCGCGACGCGCUCGGGUGGAUGGACCGUCGCCUGCAGGAGCAGUUCUGGAUUCGCGCUAUCCGCUGCCCGAGGCGAUUCUGGCGGACCCCUGGGCCGCGCCGCGCGAUGUGCUGGAGCUGUUCGGUGACGGCCGUCUGCUGGCGGCCCUGCAGAAGGGCAGCCUGCACCGCCUCCCGGAGCUCGUGGAGCGGGCGGCUGAGCUGGCGUGUUCGCUUGCGGGGUGCAGCGGCAGGAGCAGCAGGUCGCUCGACCUGAUGCUCUUUUCGCUGCACCUCGCCUGGCAGCACGCCUCCGACGAGACCUACGACAUCCAAACAUACGGGGACAUGCCGCACGUUUCCCCUGAGGAGGAGCUGUCCCACUUGAGCUGGUUCCUGCAGCAGCGCUUCGACUCCGCCGAGAGCGCGUACGCGUUCAUGGUCGGAAGGCACGGCUGGGGCACCAGCACGAGUUCUUGCCUGACCAGGUCCAGCUUCUUCGGCGCCCUGCGCGCGAAGAACUUCACCGGCGUGCUGAGGCUUGCUUGGGACGCCUUCGCGCCCUCGACACCGACUUACAUGACCUGGGAGGAGUUCAGCGCCCGCAUCGGCUUCGGCAGCGUCGUCGCCAGCCCCGGCGACGCCGCUGGCGCGGGGGACUGGCAGGUGCUGUCGGAGAUGCCGCGCAACUCGUGCUUCCGUGGGGCCCUGGAGGAGCGACAGCUGCUGCUGGCGGAGGACCGCCGCCGGCUGGCCGAGCUGCGGCAGGGCGGCGGCGCCGAGGCAGCCGAGGCGGCCGCGGUGGCCGCAGCCCUGGCGGCCACGGCCGCGAGGGGCGCGGAGGAGCCGUGCCCCGUGGCGUCGGGCCUGCCGGCCGAUCCCACCACCAGCAUCGCCGCCCGGCUUGUUGUGCCGCUGCCCGCGCCCGCGACGCCGGAGGGCGAGGCGCGAGGGGCUGUCCGAGGACCCCGCUCGCUGCCCAGGGCUCCUGGAGGCGGCCAGCGCAGCGGGCGAGCUCGACGCCCGCCUGCUGGAGGCCCACGGCCGCGCCACGGCGCUGCUCCCGUGCGUGCUGCAGACCGACGUGACGUGGGCCCCAGGCGGCGGUGCCGCCGAGGACCUCCUGGUGCUCGACGUGCUGGUGCCAAGCGGCGGGCGCCGCCAGACGGCCGCUGGCCGGCCCGGGGUGGCCGCCUCGCCAUGCGCACAUCGACGCCUCCAAGAUCUCGUCGGUGGCCUGCGCGGAGAGCGGGGACGGGCGCUGCUGGACCUUCGUCGUGUCCCUGCCGCCCGAGGCCGUGCUAUUCUCCUCGGAGGGCCUCCCAGCGCUCGACGACGCGGAUGCCGCGCGCGUGGAGGAGCUCGGGCUCGGGCGCCACAUGCGCCCCGACCGGUGGUGCGAGGAGC